CAGCGGUUGCUAUGGGUUGCCACACUCCACAUUUUGCGCAUUGCUUGUCUCCUCAUUGAACCAGCUUGAUCUAUUUGCCAGUAUUUCCUCAUCUACCUUGAAACACAGAGAGUUAAAAAUAAUCCCAGCAGCGCCUUCCUCUUGUAGCCCCCAAGGUGAAAAUAUAUCACGUCUAAGUGUAGACUUAACAAAUAACGGGGUUGUGGUGGUAUACCUGAUUUAGCAGGAGACUUUGAUUCGUGGGAUUGACAACCUUAUUAUGCAGCCAGCUUAUUAUUGAUAUUAUUCUGCACUCGGUUGCUAUGGCCACCUUGCGAGAGACAUUCAAUUUUCUCUCUUCCAUCAUCAUUAUCUAUGAGGCCAUCUGUUGUGGAAAAUGAAUUCAGGCUCAUUUGCAUGACUGAUAAGCAAUUUUUUUUUUAUCUAUUUAACAGAAGGUCAUAUGCCGGGGAUUUAGAGCUGGUGAAAAAAAAUGUGAAAAAAGCCUAUAGAGAGCAUGAGUGGGAGUGCGUGCAUUAGAGGAUGUGUGUGCAACUGAAGCAGAUCCCUGAGGCCUGCUAGCCUAUCGUACUGCAUUUGUCAUUCCUGCCAGGGCGACAUUUUUUCCCCUAAGCUUCUACACACUAAAGAGAGAGUGAGUGAGAGAGAGAGAGAGCAAGAGAGACACACACACUAAAAGAGGACGAGACAGAGAUUUCCCCUGUUGGCUUCUGGAUGGUCUUUUCCCUCUUCUUACAUGGAAUAUGGGCUCCUAAUACAGAUAUUGGUGGAGGAAGGACACUAGUUUUCUUAUGUUGUGCUAUCAAGCUGUGGAAUCUCUGAGAAAAUAAAGACACAUCACAGGAAGAUCAAAUGAAGAGCCAGAUACAUUGUCCAUUCAUUUUCACCGCAUGAAAUCCCCAGCACGGAAUUUCUUCAUGAAACAUUGAGAUGUCACCAGCGCAGGAACUCUGCAUGAAAACUUAAGAAAAUGAAUGAGAAUUGCAGAAGAUGAGGACCUUUUGAUUCACCCCUCCCCCUAACAACUCAAAGCUUGAGGUCUGGAAGAAAAGAGCAAUUAUACCGCCAGGACACACCAGACGUUCCCUGUGGUCUCCCUUUCUUCUUUCCUCUCCAUCCUCCAGACAAGCUGACAACGCUUCCAAUGCUCAGAUGGAGGUGGAUACAGACGAGAAACGGCAUCGCACGCGCUCCAAAGGUGUUCGAGUUCCUGUGGAACCAGCCAUACAAGAGCUGUUCAGCUGUCCUACUCCUGGCUGCGAUGGCAGUGGCCAUGUUAGUGGUAAAUAUGCAAGACAUAGAAGUGUUUACGGCUGUCCUCUAGCAAAGAAAAGGAAAACCCAAGAUAACAAACCUUUGGAACCCUCACCCAAAAGAAAACCCUACUCCUCCAAAACAGACAACUCCUCUGUCGAUGAGUGCUAUGAAACAGAUGGAACAGAGGAAAUGGAUGAGAAGGAGGAGGAAGAAGAGUAUUCUGAUGACAAUGAAGACCAAGAAGAUGAGGAAGAUGAAGAAAUAGAUCGAGAUGAUGAUGAAAUUGAGGAGGAUGAAGAGGAAGAUGAAGAGGAAGGAGAAGAAAUAGAAGAUGAUGAGGAUGAUGAUGACGAUGAGGACGAUGAGGAUUAUGAUGAAGACAAUCACUCAAUGGAUUGUCACAGCUCUCGAAUAAUGCACGACACAGAGAAGGAUGAUAACAAUAACGAUGAAUACGAUAAUUAUGAUGAACUGGUAGCCAAGUCGUUGUUGAAUCUUGGCAAAAUAGCAGAGGAUGCAGCAUACAGAGCCAGGACUGAAUCUGAAAUGAACAGCAAUACAUCUAAUAGCAUGGAGGACGACAGUGACAAGAAUGAGAAUAUGGGACGAAAGACAGAGCUUAGUUUAGACUUGGACAGUGAUGUUGUUAGGGAAACUGUGGAUUCCCUCAAACUGCUGGCACAAGGACACGGUGUAGUGCUUUCCGAUAACCUCAAUGAUAGGAAUUAUGUUGACAAUACUUCCCAGGAAGACUCAAGGAAUAUGAACUAUUUAACGUUAGGAAAACCUAUGAAUAAUGGACACGCAGAGAAAAUGGUGGAGGAGAGUGAUGAGGAGGUGUGCCUGAGCAGUUUAGAAUGCUUACGGAACCAAUGUUUUGACCUUGCACGGAAACUUAGCGAAACUAAUUCCCAUGAUAGAAGCCAACAGCAAACUAUGGGCAUGAGAUUGCCCAGAGCAGAUGAAGACUAUUGUGACCGAAUACCAGAGAGGAAUUAUUCUGAUAUGAUGAACUUAAUGAGACUCGAAGAACAGUUGAGCCCUAGAUCAAGAACUUUUUCUAGCUGUGCAAAAGAGGAUGAAUAUAAUGAAAGAGAUGAUGACACUACCUCCAUCACCUCAGACAGGUCAGAAGAAGUUUUUGAUAUGACAAAGGGUAAUCUGUCUCUGCUAGAAAAAGCCAUAGCCCUGGAAAGUGAGAGAGCAAAGGCAAUGAGGGAAAGAAUGGCCAUGGAAGCUGGGAGGAGAGACAGCAUGAGACCUUGCGAUGAUCCAAUGAGGCACCUCUCAGGGGAGGACAGACGGCCAAGGUCCACUGAUGGCCAUGUCAAAAAGCCAUGUUAUACUAAAGAUCCUUCACGAACAGACAAGAAGGAAAGCAAAUGUCCUACCCCCGGCUGCGAUGGAACAGGUCAUGUGACUGGAUUAUAUCCUCACCACCGGAGUUUAUCAGGUUGCCCGCAUAAAGACAGGGUUCCCCCAGAAAUUCUCGCCAUGCAUGAAAAUGUUCUAAAGUGCCCUACACCAGGUUGCACCGGGAGAGGCCAUGUAAACAGUAACAGGAACUCUCACAGAAGUCUUUCAGGAUGUCCUAUAGCUGCAGCCGAGAAACUAGCAAAAGCUCAAGAGAAACAUCAAGGUUGUGAUGCAUCAAAAUCCAACCAAGCAUCAGAUCGUGUUUUAAGGCCCAUGUGUUUUGUAAAACAAUUAGAAAUUCCUCAGUAUGGUUACAGGAACAAUGUAUCAACAACCACACCUCGCUCCAACUUGGCCAAGGAACUAGAGAAAUAUUCAAAGACUACGUUUGAAUACAACAGUUUUGACAACCAUGCAUACGGGAAGAGGGCUAUUGCACCGAAGGUACAGUCCAGGGAUAUCUCUCCAAAGGGAUAUGAUGCUAAACGUUACUGUAAGAACUCAAGCCCGACAAGCAGCACAACAAGCAGUUAUGCCCCCAGCAGCAGCAGUAGCAAUAUGAGCUGUGGUGGAGGCAGUAGCGCCAGCAGUACGUGUAGCAAAAGCAGCUUUGACUAUUCCCAUGACAUGGAGGCUGCACACAUGGCUGCAACCGCAAUCCUGAAUCUAUCGACCCGCUGCAGGGAGAUGCCACAGAACCUCUCUACCAAACCUCAAGAUCUCUGCAACAGGAAUCCUGACAUUGAUGUGGAUGAAAAUGGAACACUGGACCUUAGCAUGAACAAACAAAGACAACGAGAUGGUUGCUGCUCCAUCCUAACUCCACUGGAAUCCAUGUCCCCACAGCGGCAGGCAAUGCUGAAUAGCCAGUGUUACCAAAUGACUGACAGUGACUGCUGGGACUUACCAGUAGACUACACUAAAAUGAAACCCAGGCGGAUAGAUGAAGAUGAUUCCAAAGACAUUAAUCAUGAUGAUUUGGAUCCAUUUCAUGAUGCCAUGGAUGAUAGAAGGUACCCUGGUGAAGUCACAAUUCCAAGCCCUAAACCCAAAUAUCCUCAGUGUAAAGAGAGCAAGAAGGACCUAAUAACGUUGUCGGGUUGUCCAUUGGCUGAUAAAAGUAUUCGUAGCAUGAUGGCCACCAGUUCACAGGAGCUCAAGUGUCCAACUCCUGGGUGUGAUGGCUCUGGGCAUAUAACAGGAAACUAUGCUUCCCAUAGAAGCCUUUCAGGUUGCCCAAGAGCAAAGAAAAGUGGAAUUAAGAUAGCACAAAGCAAAGAAGAUAAGGAAGACCAAGAGCCAAUCAGAUGCCCAGUUCCUGGCUGUGAUGGGCAAGGUCAUGUGACGGGGAAAUAUGCAUCACAUCGCAGUGCAUCUGGAUGUCCACUAGCGGCCAAGAGGCAGAAAGAUGGCUAUAUGAAUGGCUCACAGUUCUCUUGGAAAUCUGGAAAAACUGAAGGAAUGUCCUGUCCAACUCUGGAUGUGAUGGUUCCGGGACACAUUAGUGGGAGUUUUCUUACACAUCGGAGUUUAUCGGGAUGUCCAAGAGCCACAUCAGCAAUGAAGAAGGCCAGAUUAUCAGGGGAAGAAAUGAUGACUAUAAAGCAAAGAGCAACCAAUGGUAUAGAAAAUGAUGAAGAGAUCAAACAAUUGGAUGAAGAAAUAAAAGAACUAAAUGAAUCCAACUCCCAGAUGGAAUCUGAUAUGAUUAAGCUGAGAACUCAGGUACUGGACGAGCGUCCUGUUGCUUGCCAAGAUCCCUGUGUUGAUGAAUACCAAUUUCAUAUUACAACAAUGGAGAGUAACCUGAAGUCAAUAGAAGACGAGAAUAAAGUCAUUGAGCAGCAAAAUGAGUCUCUUCUUCAUGAACUGGCCAAUCUUAGUCAGUCUCUUAUUCACAGUCUAGCUAACAUCCAGCUGCCCCAUAUGGAUCCCAUCAACGAACAAAAUUUUGAUGCCUACGUGACCACGUUGACGGACAUGUACACAAAUCAAGACCGCUAUCAGAGUCCAGAAAAUAAGGCACUCUUAGAAAACAUAAAGCAAGCCGUAAGAGGGAUCCAAGUGUAAGCAGCUGCUGUUUUGGUGAACUCAUGCUCGAACAAAACAAAAAAUCUCUAUAAAAUAAGGAUGCCUCUUGUUUUCUGCUGCUGUAAGCUACCAGAAAAGUGUUAUAUAUUUAUUCAUUUUGAGACAGUGUUAUGCUUACAAGACUUCAUGAUGAUUUUAUUGUCUUGCUUUAAAAAAAACACAAAAAAAAGAAAUAGUAACUGCUGAAUAGAUUUUGAAUACAUUCACAUUUUGUACGUUUUCAUAUAAGCUAACAUUGUGUGAUAUGCCAUGUAAUGUUUAUAGCUGCUAACGUAUGCACAUUUUUAAGGUAAAUAUAUUUCUCAAAAGGGAAGCUGAUGAAGAAAAUCAGAGUGUAGAUUUUUUUAUGCAUUGGUGAAUCAGUGUUUUAGUAUAUCAGAGUGGAUAAGACGAAAUCCAUUGGGAAAUGUCUUGCUGUUCAGAGACAUUUUCUUUAGGCCUCCAGUUGCAGGAAUAUUUUUGAGGACAGAAAAAUCCAUCAUGGUGCACAUAUUGUUUCACAGCAAGAAGCGAUGAGGAAUUGACUUUUUUUAAUAAAGUGGAAGUUGGGUUUUUGUUUCUUUUAAGGUUGCCCGAAGAACUUUGGAAACAAUAUUUUUUUUUUCAACUCUGUGGAUAGGACAUUGGAGAAAUGUAAGAUAUACAAAAAUAUUUUCUUGCUGUAAGACAAAAUCAAGCUAUGAAAACCUGCGUGGAAAGUCAAAGCAGCUUAAAAGCACUUUUCAUUCAUAAAUAAGCAUCUACUGAUCUCAAUACGGGAACAUCCAUUGCUGAACUGUAUCAAAAGUGGACAAUGAGAUAAAUCCUACUGAUCUUUUUCAAACAGACUUUGGAGAAAUAGCCACUACUCACUCUUUCACUCCAGGAUUGAUUCAUUUCCCUUUGAACUGCCUGUUAAGUAUAAAUAUACUCGUAUUGGAUUCCUGCAUUUUUGAAAGACACUAUUUUUACUACUUUUUUUUUUAUUUGCUUUUUUUCAUUGUCCUUUCGUUUCAUUGGGGGUUUUACAAUUAAUGCAAAAAAAGAAAAAAGAAAAUCUGUUUUUUUGGUCCCUGGAUAAAAUCCAACAAUAGAUUUAGAAGAAAAAGUACACCAUCUACCUUUGAACAUUUAUGUCAUUUUCAAUCAUUUUCCACUUUUUUAUUUUAUUUUUGUCUGUUGUGAAAAAAAAGAAAAAAAUGGGAUUGUUGCUUGACUGUCCAUUUAAAAAAAAUGUGACUUGAGUUAAAUUACCAAACUUCAGACAGCACUUAUCUGUUCUAAAUUGUAAUUGUUACAAUGCAGAUUUUUUUAAACAUUAUUUAUUUUCUUCUAAACAACUGCACUAACUGUAUGCAUAAGACCACUUUUUAAAUCAUGUCAAAUAUGUGUUGUGUUUAUAAAAGAUGUCAAGAGGAUUAUUAUUUUUUAUUUAAACUGCAUAUCUUUUUUCCUUCCAUGUGUUGUUAUGCAGAAAGUACAAUGUACUUAGAAUUUUGCUAUGAAAAAGAUGGCUUUUUUUAAAAAAUAAAAAAAAAAUAUUUUUAGCAAAAUAGGACUUACAGGGUCAUUGUCCCCACAAUGUGCCAGUUGAUAAUUUGCACUUACCUUGUCCUAUAUAUCCAUAAUAUACGGAGGUGUGCAAUUUUUUUUUCUCUGUGUCUAUAGCCUUUGUGACACUAAACUCGGAACAAAAAAAGAAAUAAAUAAAAAAUACAAAAAAAGAUAUACUGGAAGCCAUGAUGGCUAUUUCAAUAAUAUCGCUAAGGGAGGUUACAGGGAUCUCACAACAAAUAUUCUAAUACAAUACUCAACCUCGGUAUAUAUAUAUGUAUAAAUAUAUGUAUAUCCCAGCGGCACUUUAUACUCUACACUGUACAAAAGCUUACAGUUUUCCAGGAGGACUUUAAUAACUAGCUGGGAAUAGCUUAUGUAGUUACUUAUGGGGGCUUUGCAGUAUGUUCUCUGUAAAGGCCUGUCUUUCUGUUGUGCUAUUAGUUGUAGCGGUCAUGCUCAGAACUGCCUUUUCAAAUGCCGAAGAAAGGUGCUCGACCUUCUGCCAUAUCCAUGUCAUACUUUGCCUUGAAGUUCUUCUUUCAAGGUGGCCAUUGUUAAUACUGGCAUCUGCCUUUUAUCACUGCAUUGUGUCUGCAGCUUCUUUGCCAAUAUAGUAAUGCUUUCAGUAGAUAAAUAGAUAGUAUCAGUUGGGAUUAUUAUUGUUAUCACCUAUGUACAAUGGAAAGGGAUUUUAAGCACAAACCUGCUGCUCAUUUAAUGGUGGUACAUAAAACUGUAUCAAAUCAAAAACCUAUCUGUGACUAUUAUUAUAUAGGGAUCACAAAAAAAGUGUCACAUAUUAGAAUGCUGACCUUUCAUAUGGAAUUAUUGUGAGUCAUCGAAGUUUAUUUAUUAUAACUUAUUGUUCAUAUUCAUUUCUAAGUUUAAUUUAAGUAAUCAUUUAUUAAGACAGAAUUUUGUAUAAACUAUUUAUUGUGCUCUCUGUGGAACUGAAGUUUGAUUUAUUUUUGUACUACACGGCAUGGAUUUGUUGAUGACAUUUUAAUUUUGCGAUAAAUGUGUGGAAUCACAAGUUGGUGUGAUACUUCAUUUUUAAAUUGUGAACUUUGUACAAAUUUUGUCAUGCUGGAUGUCAACACAUCUUACUCUAAAUAAAAAAAAAAAGAGGAAAAAAAAGCAAUGUGUUGCCACAUUUGUAGCAUAGUGUUUCUUGAUUUACAUGCAUAACCCUAUUUAUUAACAAUGCAGCCAUAAAAAAAUAAAUGCUUUGAUAAGAUUUAAA